AUGUCUGUGUAUUCUGUUAACAAGCAUGAUGUGCUCUUGAUGGUGCUUUCGGUUUUCCUUCCACCUAUUACAGUUUGGGUUCGUAGGGGUUUCUUUAGCAGAGAUUUCCUAUUAAACUUGCUGCUAUUUGUAUUAUUCUUCUUCCCUGCUAUUUUCCACGCUGCUUACGUGAUUUAUGAAACUAGUGAAGAACGUCAAUCCGGCUAUGAGUCUGUUCCAGCUCAAGAAGACGGUUCCGAGCCACAACAACCAAGAAAUGGUGACUUCAAUGUCGAUUUGGAAGCUCAAGGUACAUUGCCACGUUAUGAAGAAGUGGUUGAUGCAUCCGCCGCCAAGCCACACGGCGACAACAAAGUCCAAAACUAG